GGAGUUUUUUACAAAAUACAUCGUAUAAAGACGGGUAAAACGUCGCGUUGUACGCGCCCUAAUGGGAUAACAAAUGACCAUGGUUGCCCCUGUCCUAGUCGGCCUGUAGUCAGACUCGGCGAUGGCAAGCUGCGCGACAUAUAUGCUGUGUCUGCGCACAUGUGCACCGGCCUUGUUACGCGACUCAGCCAGCCCUGCGACGGUGUGCACACGUCCUAGCGCUGCUACGUGUGGCCUGCGGAUCAAGCCAUCCCUUGUGUGGAGUAGCGACGUUUCUGCACCACCACUCCUUACUUACCGAUCAAGCCAUGCUGGCAUAACCUGAAACUCUGCACUUCAGCUCGAUUGACCACCAUAUGAAAUGGCGAAGGGAACAUGUCCCAUGCUACAACUGUAUAUAUGAUUCCAAUUAGAAGGUAUAGAUUGCUAGAUCUCCGAACAUUUUGAAUGUCCAUAGAUUGCACCAAUGUAAUGUUGAACAAAGCCAAAUUAUUAGCUGCACGGAACUAUUACACCAGGCACAAGACAACGCUUGGCCUCUUUGUCACCGCAGUGGUGCUAGCGGCCACUUCAGCGCUGGCAUGCCAUGCCGCGCACAACAUCACCGCCAUCCUCUCCGGGCGCUGGGACCUCGCCGAGUUCAGCCGCGAGCUCGCGACCACGGGGCUCCCGGACGACAUCAACGGGCGGAGCACGAUCACGGUCCUCGCCGUGGACGACGCCCACAUGGCGCCGCUGAAGGCGCGCGGCCUCCCACGGGAGACGUUGCCAGGAGCAAAUCUAGCCAGGUUACUUGUCGGGGUCUGCAUGACAAAAGCUACCACGAUUAUUGAGAAUUUUAAUAGAACAAAAGUGUAAUAUACAAAGGAUUAGCUAA